AUGAAAGUCGCCGUUGUGUCUGUCUUGUUGCCCCUACUAUUUCUGGGCCUUUUCUUAAAGUCGAAGGAGCAGGAGCUUUCCCUCUCUUAUGGAAAAUAUUUAAAAAAUACCUUCAAAGAGAUAUUGCUUUACUUCAAUAUCUUUGACAUAGAGUUUCCACGAAGUUAUGUAUUGAACCAAAAACUCCUAGGUCUACACGUGAAGGACAUAGAAAAGGAUGCAUAUACAGCAUUUCCAAUUCUUAAGGAGCUGAAACAGAAGGAUUAUUUUCGAAUCUUCAAGGUUAAUCUUCACAUACCUUGUAAGUACCUCAAGGUGAAUGAGAAAUGUAAAGAAAUGAAAAAGUGCAGUGUGUGUGAAUGCCACGAUGAUGAAAUUCCAUACAACUUUCGAACAAAUGAAAUUGAAAUUAUUCAGAAUAAAAUGUCGACGGAGGAUUUGAAGAAAACUUUUAUUGAGAGCAAAUUGUACAAAGAUAUUUUAGGCAUUUAUGCUCCUUCCGAUGAAGGCUUUCUUUCCUACGUGGAUUUGGUUUACAACUCUCCCUCCUUCACAGCCUACGAGGGGAGGAAUAUAUGGGACAAAAUAUACCGGGAGAACUGCUUUCAGAAGGAGGAGAACAAGUGCCACGAAAUGAAGAGCUUCUACAAAAUAAUUUCUGGCAUGCAGUCUAACAUAGCCAUUUUGUCAGCCGAGUACCACUACCUUCAGAACGAUUUUGUCUUUGGUGACAUUCACACGGAGGAUGUAAUGAAGAGCGACUAUUUUAAGAAACAGAAUUAUGCAUAUAACAUGGAGUUCUUCAAGGAAAAAAUUGCUCUCUACCCUGACAGAAUCGAGAACUUGUACUUCACCUUUGCUAUUCUGCUCAGAGCCAUGUGCAGGCUCAAAGCCCUUGUCAGUCAGUGCAAGUGUAACUCAGGCCACGCACAGAACGAUCAGGAAGCCCUCAAGCUCCUCAACGACCUGUUAGGUAGCUUCUAUCAUUCUUGCUCUUCGGAAGAAUUUCUUGAACCCAUUUUUCCAACACAAGGGAAGGAAAUACUAGCGAAAUUUAUGAACAUAACAAAUAUUUUGGAUUGUGUUCCUUGCGUAAAGUGUCGUCUACAUGGGAAACUCAAGACCACCGCACUGCAAAUUGCCUUGGUGGAAGGGAUGAGUUACGAGCAUAUUGGAUCCCUGGAGCGAAACGAAAUUACGGCGCUGAUAAAUUCUUUGUACUACUUCGCUGAUUCGAUUAUUAUUUUAAAUAAGUUCCAAGAGAGGCAGAAACUAAAAAGAGCCACGUUCAUUUUCUACCUCCUAUUUUUCUGCUUCUUCCUUAUCUUAGUCAUCUACUCUGUCAUUUUAAUCACUGUGUGCAAUUGUAAGGCGAAGAAGAAGAAAAAAAUAAGCUGA